UGAUGACGAUUGUUUGUGCAAAGUUGAUAACGACGACUUUCACAUCAUGUAUUGUGCAUUGAUUUGGAUUGUGCAUGUGCAUCCAGUUGAUUUUGCUGUCAGUGUGCAAAUCGAUCAGAUUCAGAGGUGCACCAGUUUAGUUUUAAUCCAUUCCACGACAACUCGAAAAAACGCGAUGAAAUUCACUGACGCCGGAAGUUUCAAUCUCAUUUUCCUGAUGUUUUCUUGUUCGUUGGCGAUUUCUUCGAGCUAUGAGUGCAUCGAUCGGCAGAAAAAUUAUUGUGUAAUAGAAAAUGUCGUUCCGGAGUCCAACUUUCCCAGUGAAAAGUCGCUGAUGAUUCAGAACAGCACCAUUGAAAAUUUUGGGGAGCGAAUUUUCCGAGCGCUUCCUGCAGUCGUUGAGAAUUUGAUGAUUCACAAUCUAUCGAUCGUUGAGCUGCAUAUUGUUGGCUGUGAUCGAUUAGGGAUGCUUUUUGCCAGUUACAAUAACAUCUCUCAAGUGAGUGCUGCCAGUGGAUUACCUUUGGGGACACUUCAUCUGUACCAGAACCGUCUGAAGGACGUCACUGGACUGGCCGAGCUGGCCAAUUUGGAACAACUCUAUCUGCACGACAACUUGCUUGAAGUUUUGGAAAUGGACACAUUUCGGCGAAUGAAAAAUUUGAAAAUUCUUACCCUCCAUAGAAAUUUUCUCACAGCGAUCGACACCAAACAAUCGAUCGAGCUUCCAAGUUUGGAAUCUCUUUUCCUGCAGCAUAACGAUCUCUCCUACCUCGAUACGGGUCUUUGGAAAAUGCCAGCCCUCAAAACUCUAGAUCUGAGCAGUAACAACCUGUUCACAUUCCUGGAAGAGUUCCCAUCCCUCAAAGCUCUCGAAAUGCACGACAAUCGAUGGAACUGUGCCUGGUUGUUCAAGAUGCUGGACCGGAAGGAGUUGCGCAGCAUCCAGCUCAGCCACGUGGAUCGAACCUGUGAAGGAAGAACGCUGUUUCAGGAAAUUUGUUGCCUUGCCGAGGGAGCUUCUCCGGAUCCGAUGAUGCUGCUGAUCAGUCGAACCGGAAUCGUUGACGAUCUUCAGGAUCGUCUGGGAGCCCAAGUCGAAAAGGUUCAGCAGCUAGAGGAAUCGCACCGAAAGCAGACCCAUCGAUACGACGAAAUGAAGAAAAAAGUCGACCGGUUGAUGCAGAUUUGUAAAGACGAACUCUAACUUCAGUUUUUUUCAAGAAAAAUAAUCACCAAUGUAGAAUAUAUGGGAAAUUUAAUUAUUGCAAACUUUUUGAAAAAACAACUUAAAUACCUGCUUAAAUUUUUAAC